AGUACUUUAAGUAGAUAUUAAAUACUUUCUUAUUAUAUUAUGGAUGAUCCCGACAGAAAAAUCUCAGUGUUGUGUCUAGGACCGAAGGGUUCAGGGAAGACCACGUUAUUGAAGAAACUUCAAAACGCUGAAGGGAUCGAUAACACAUACAGCCCUGUGCCAACAAUUGGAACGAACAUUUACGACAUCUAUUACAUAAACAAGCACGGAAAAAAGCAAAUGUUGUCAAUCAGAGAAGUGGGCGGUGAGAUGGCGCCACUGUGGCACAAUUAUUUAGACGGUAUUGAAAAGGUGAUUUACGUGGUGGACACAUCGAAUUUGUGUCAGAUAUCUGCCGCUGCUGUGUUGCUGUACACGUUAUUGGCUGAACCAAGACUCAAAAGUGCCAAGUUUAUCCUUGUGCUGAGCAAGAUGGACGCAGCGUACAGACAGAUGCGUAACGAAGCGCUUCUAAUGCUGCAACACACGCGACUCAGCACUGAGCUAUCUAAUGCUCCCAUGCUGUUGGAGGCUGCGCCCCUCACCGGAGAGGGCAUGGACCAGCUCAAGGCUGCCCUCUGUGAUACUAAACCCACUACCACAGUUUGAUUGGAAAAACAGUUACACAGUUGAAACGAUGAAAUCGGGAUCGAACUGAACUCGUAUAAAGUUACCCUAAAAGAAAUGAUUGCUCUACCUACCAAAACAUUAAAAUAAAAAUACAUAUUAAGAAA